UAGGCACUAUUAUGCAUUUUUACUUCCGGAUGACUAUUUUGAAGGUCGUACAAUGAAGCUUCUUGUCGCCUUUUUGUUUGCAGGACUUGCGAAUGCGCAGCUUGACGCCCAGGCACCGGCUAUUCUGCAAGGCCCCGUGUCCCAUGUUGUGGACGUGCAAAGAACCGUGACUUUCUCCUGUACCGCCAAAGCCGAGGACAUAAAGUGGAUCAUCAACGGCUCUCGGUUGGAAUCAAGCGCAUACGACGGUGCAAUAGACGUUCGUAGGAUCCCCAGCGACGUCUUGUUCUACAGUUCGGUCACUUUUCCCGUCUCCCAGCAGUACCACUCCACCCGCGUGCGAUGUCAGGCUGUGCAUCAACAAAGCAGCGUUGAGAGCCCAGAGGCCUAUCUGACUAUCACAGACACAAAUGGAAGAGAUGAUGAAAGAGAUGACUGUUCACAAGGUGCAGGCAGUGAUUCCUGGCACAUACUGGUACUAAGUGCUGCGAUGGCACUGUAUGUUGCCCUGACCACCCCUCUUGUCAUCAUACUAGCUGUCAUGUACAUUGUGCGGCAAAGAAAAGAGACCUCCUCCAAAGUUGCACAGAAGAGACAAGUGGAAGAUGCUAAGAACCAGACUAAGGGCAGGGAGGAGGAAGAAGGAGAUUACAUUCACAUGGCAUCCAUUUCUCUUCACCAACAUUGAUAAUAUUACUCAAUACGGUGUUUUAUAUUAUUGUAAUACGUGGUUAAUGCAAUGGUGCAGUAUAAUAAACCCUGGAAUACAUGGAGGACAUUAUGUGCAUAAUGUUGUACAUGAAACAUUGUUACU